AAACAAGUCUGCUCUACUUUCGUUUUGAACAGUUAAAAAAAAAACCCAUGAUGCGCUGGUAAUUCCAGCAACUGUUCAAACGAAAGAUGUAAGCCUAAUUUCAUCAAGUUAAUUUUUAUCUGAGAAAGCGUCACAAAGUAUAAAGAACAAAGGUAGACGAAAAGAAGAUUAGCUGUAAACUUUGCCCGAUACGGCCGGAAGAUAAGUUUUCGAAUUGCUGUACCACUUUAAAACAUUCAACGUUUGAUUACUGUUCCUUUCCUGGAAGAAAGAAAGGUCAGAACUUGCUGGAUUAACUUUGUAGUUUAACAGGUGAAUGGUGAUUGCAGCAUGAGCUUUGCCAUAUAUGUAGCUUCAAGACUGUUUAUGCAGUUUGCAUGGAUGCUUUAUGAUUAUAGUAAAAGGAUGGCUUCCAGAUACUUUAUAUCUCAUAGCAAUAAAUUGGAAGACAGUAAUCUGGUAGUGGAAGUAGUUGUUCCAAAACUGAGAGAAAAAGGAAUAAACAUUUACGAAGAGGAUGACUUACAAGCAGGGACACUGGUCUUAUCAUCCAUAACAAGCUUAGUCGAUAAAGCAGAUAAAACAUUACUGUUUCUCACAGAAAAUUCCUUAGGAAGUGCAUGGUGUUCCUUUGAAAUGCUGAUUAGUUUAGAGAAAUCUCAGAGGACCAACAGACUCUCAGUUGUUUUAUUACUUCAUAAGAUAGAGGAGUCUCAGCUUCCACAUCUUGCAGUUCUUCAAGAAACUAAAAAAAUACACUUUGAUGAAGACAAUGAGGAUUGGGUGAGAGAGGUAGUUGAAGCUUUAAGAGAAACGAAGACAAUUGGUGACAUUAUGCCUGCUGGAAAUGUUGCUCAUGGAUUAGUCUGGUCCCAUUAUGCUGGAUUUCUACAGUAUGUCUUACCUGUACUGGAAAAAACAGUGCAAGAGUCUGAUUGGUACAUUAGUCUGACUGAUGAAGUUAGAAACAAAGUGUCCUUUAAGUUGUAUGAAUUAGUUCCAAGAACAUGCACUGUUAAAUAUAAUAUACCAAACGAAGAUAACAACAUCAAAGCAGUGAAAACAUUCAAUAUUAAGGCAGUGAUGAGAAGUGGAAAUCACAGAGAGAUAUCGGUAACAAUGUACAGUAUUACCAUUGGCCAAGAGACUUUUUACUGUAUGUGCGAGUUUCCUAAUGUAAUUGGUACAAUGAAAGUAAUGGAGGACAAUCAUUUGGCCAGAUUCUCUCAUACAUACCCAGGCAAAGUUGGAAAAGAAGGAGGUUUUACAACUGCUGCUCAAUUUACAACUGAUGACAAGAAGUUACAGUUAGGCAGAUUUUACUACACUAUGAAUUCUACUCUUAAUCAUUUUGAAAAAUGUUUCAACACUGCAAGAGUUUUGCUGUAUAAUGAUGAAAAGAAGGACAUUUCAGAGGUUUUGGUGGAGGCUGUAAAAGAAGACUUAAAAGAUGCGAUUUCUCCAGAAAAGAAACUCAAGGAAGGUUUACUUCGUCCUAAGGUUGACAAGUUGGAGUCCGUAGAAGAAAACGUAUAUGCUUAUGAAGUAUUUGUUGCUUGUUCCGACCACCCUGAAGAUGAAAAAAGGGCAAACGAGAUAAUAGACUAUCUUACGGAAAAUGGUGUAGCUGAUAGUGAUAUAUUGAUACUUUCAGGUGGUUCUAAUUUUGCGGAUAGACUGGUCUCAGCCUCAAAACAAUGUAGAUGGUUUAUUUUUCUUUUAACAAAACAUGCUCUGAAAGAUGAGUCCUUGAACUUUAAUGUUUUAUCAGCACUGGGUGACAGUAUAUAUAAUAAAAAAGUUCGAGUAAUACCUGUUGUGGAUCAAUGUGAUGACUUGCACAUUCCAGAAGCACUGAGAUGGAUCACAUACAUUCCAUUUGAUGACCAAAAAAGAAAGCAUUUGAAGAGUUUAUACAGUAUUGUUAGUGGAAGGGAUACUCCAAUGGAAACCCAGAUGAUACUGCCAGCAGGUGAUGUGGCCAAUGGUCUAGCUUGGGGAUAUGUCACAAACUAUCUGAUGAAGAUAUUACCAGACGUUUUAAAUGAAAUCAGUCCUGCAUUUGAGAGAAAAGGGACUAAGGACUUCAAAUGUCCACACAAGCUGUACAUAGUCAUUCCUAAAUGUUGUAAUGCUGGUGACGCCUUGAAGGACAAAAAUGGAAGGAUUGCCAAUUUCACAAAAACUGCAGCUGUACAUCCAUUUGGAAACAACAGAUCAGUUCUCUGUAACAUUUACAAAGUGUCAUCAAGCAGUUUUUUUAUGAAAAAGGAAUUAUACUUUGUUGGGCAGUAUGCUGCACCUGUGACUUGCUUAGGAGAAAUGAAAGAUUGGAGUAUUGCUGGGGUUAAUGAUGAGACCAUGGCAUCAGAAGCAGAAAGAUUUUAUAGAAUUGUUAGUCAAUUGAUGAAAAAUGCUGCACCUGAAAAGGCUCAGUAUUGUGAAUUUAUCUACUUUGAUGACAUUACACAUUCCUUAGCAGAUAUUAUGGAGCAGAAAAUCAACGAACAAUGAACAGAUUAUUGCACCAAUUAGUUGUGACUUUUUACUUUUUACUGUUUUGUGGUGGAUCUCUCUUUUCUGUUACUUAUGGCAUAAACAACCUGAACUUCUAAACUGAUUGAAGUGAAAUUGACACAUAAGAUAUUCUCCAUGUAUUGCAUAUCAUUUCUAACGGGUUUUCGAAGGAAAAAUAUAAGUUAUUGAUUUGGGAAUGUACGGCGGGCGGGCGGGCGGCUGCCAAACAGUGUCCGUUCAUUUACAUGAAAACACUUUGACGAAAUAUCUUUUCUCGUUGUUGAGUGGUAGACCUUUCAGUAGUGAAAAGUGAUAUUUAUUAUAUGAUUUAUUUUUAUUUUUUAGUUAUUUCCCUUUAAACAAAAAUGGUGUAAUUAAUAAGUAUGUAGAUAGAUUGUCUAUCAAUGAUUGUAUCUGUUUUUAUUCAUGCAAUAAUUUCCACCUUUUAUCAAGAUAACAAACAUGUGGUAAUUAUCAACUAACAAAAUUAUAAUUGGAGUGACAGAUUUAUUUGAAAAUAUUUGUUUCCUAAGUGUUUUUGAUGAUAAGGUCUGUGGGGAAGUAUAAAUAUAGUUUGAAAUUUACUGCUCAUUAUUAUAUACCUCUCUGACAUUGUACCACAAGGUUCCAUAUCACAAAGGGAAUGCUGGGAUUGAUUUUGGGGGUAGUUGCCUCCCAAUUUUAGGAAUUAGGGGCCAAAAAACAAGCAUUUUUAUAGUUUCAUGACAAUAACUUGUGUGUAAGUGUAUGGAUCUUUAUGAAAUUGUACUACAAGGUUCCAUAUCACAAAGGGAAAGCUGGAAUUGAGUUUGGGGGUAAUUGCCCAAAACGCUUAGGAAUAAGGGGCCAAAAAGGGGCCAAAAAUAAGCAUUUUUCUAGUUUCCAGACAAUAACUUGUGUUCAAGUGUAUGGAUCUCUCUAAAAUUGUACUGCAAGGUACCAUACGACAAAGGGAAGGCUGGGAUUGAUUUUGGAGAUAAUUGCCUCAAAAUUUUAGGAAUUAGGGGCCAAAAAGGGGCAAAAAAACAAGCAUUUUUCUAGUUUCAGGACAAUAACUUGUGUGUAAGUGUAUGGAUCUUUAUGAAAUUGUACUACAAUGUUCCAUAUCACAAAGGGAAAGCUGGGUUUGAGUUUGGGGGUAAUUGCCCUAAAUGUUUAUGAAUUUGGGGCCAAAAAACAAGCAUUUUUCUAGUUUCCAGACAAUAACUUGUGUUCAAGUGUAUGGAUCUCUCUGAAAUUAUACUGCAAGGUACCAUACCACAAAGGGAAGGCUUGGAUUGAGUUUGGGGGUAUGAAUCAAAAGGGGGUUCAAAAAAUUUGGGGGGGAUUUUUUUUUCCCUUUUUUUCCUUUUUUUUUCUUUAAAACUUUCAAUUUUAAAUUGGUUAUUUCUGAUUUAUACAUAAAAGCAAAUAAUAAUGAUAUGGUUUGAAUAGGUAAAUUAAAAAUUCUUAGACCACAUUCAUUCUGUGUCAGAAACCUAUACUGUGUCAAAUAUUUAAUCACAAUCCAAAUUCAGUGCUGUAUCAAGCUUGAAUGUUGUGUCCUACUUGUCCCAACUGUUCAGGGUUCGACCUCUGCGUUCGUAUCAAGCUGCGCCCAGCGGAGCAUUUUAUUUUAAAUUUUAAGUGCUUACAUUUUUAUGCUUAUGUGUACCUGUCUUAUGUGAACUUGUUGUGUUGUGAUGUUUUGUAUAUAAGUUAUAGUCGGUUUUAAGAGCUUUCUUAAGGUAAUGUUUAUUGUUGUUUGUACAUGUGUGCCUACUCUAAAUAAAUUUACUUACUUACUUA